AUGGGCUUUUGUAUCGGCUUCAAAGUAACCGAUGACUUCUCGGGGCGGGCACUCGAGCCGACUCGUCGCCUCUGCUUCUUGCUCUCCCUCUCUUCUGCGAACGGCGACCGCCGCCUAAGCCAACCAAGCCUCCGCGCCAUCGCCGGAAGGUGAGAGCCUCUGUCGCUUCUGCUUCUGGUUCGAGCCGGAUUUCGGCUUUUUCUUUGUACGGCUUGACGUGCUUGUUUCGUUCGGUGAAAUAGCCAUUCCUGUGUUAAAUUAGCUCCGGAUUCCGAUACAGCACUCAGGGGAGCUCCGUGCUCUUGUGUCGAUGCUCAAUCCGAACUUUGUGCUGACCAUCUGUAUUAGGUUUCGUUGAGGGAACAAGGACGAGACGCGCGAUCGACUUCAAUGGAGGAGGGACACUUGGAUUCUGCCGUCAAAAAGGAAAGGAGAAGGAAAAAGAAAGAGAUUAAGGCAAUGGCGAGUGGAAACAAACUGGACACCUUUGAUGAGAGGGAGGAGGAUAGGAAAAGGAGAAGGAAAGAGAAGCUUCUAGAGGAAGCUAUGGAGGAUGGUGAGCAACGAGCUAUAAGUAUUGAUAGUGCGAUUGAUGGUCGUGAAAACGGAGAGGAUGGUAAUCAGAAUGAAGGCGCCGACACUGCGAGAGGGGAGGAUGUUGGUUCCGUGAAUCCUCCAGAGGACACGAAGACAAAAUCGAAGGACGAGAAGGCGUCCAAGAAAAUGAGGAAGAAGAAGCAAUUGAGUAAAGAGGCUGCUCAAGCAGGGAAUCGUGGGGUCUGCUACUUGAGCAGGAUUCCUCCUCACAUGGAUCAUGUGAAACUUCGUCAGAUUCUUUCUCAGUAUGGAGAAAUACAGAGGAUAUAUCUUGCACCCGAAGAUCCUUCGGCUCAAGUGAAGCGCAAACGAGCUGGUGGCUUUCGAGGACAAGGAUUCUCAGAAGGAUGGGUUGAGUUCGCUAAGAAAAGUGUUGCAAAGAGAGUUGCUGACGUGUUAAAUGGUGAACAAAUAGGAGGGAGGAAGAGGUCCUCAUUUUAUUAUGAUCUCUGGAAUAUCAAGUAUUUGAGCAAAUUCAAGUGGGAUGAUCUUACUGAAGAAAUAGCUUAUAAGAAUGCUAUUCGGGAGCAGAAGCUGGCUUUAGAGCUUUCUGUUGCCAAGAGGGAGCGGGAUUUCUAUCUUUCUAAGGUCGACCAGUCCCGAGCCUUAAGCUCCAUAGAAGAACGGCUCAAGAAGAAGCAAGAGUUGCAAGAAGGUUCAGUGAAGAGCACUGAGCAACAGAUCAGCCAGCCGGUGGUGAAGGUGAUUCGCCAGUUCCCAAAAGCAACCGGUUGCUGA